CUCCUUUUUAGCAAUUAGUAUGCUCCGCUCUAACAAGCCUGCAUAAAUUUUAACAGAAACGCAGUUUGUUAAAAAACGCAAAAUGAGCCAAAAUCCAAAACCAAUUGACGAAUAUCUUGCUGAAAUGGACGACGACAACGAUUCAUUUCAGUCGAUGAAUCAGAGUGAAGUGUUUUCUGACGACUUGGAAAAUCUCUCCAGCCUGGACGACGAUGACACGCUCACAGACGAGCAUGAAUUUGAGCUGGAAAACAUUUUAGUUGUUAAGGGACAGGGGCUGGCUCUCGAAGCGGAUAGUUCCAACAGCUCCGCUGAAAACGGACGAUGCCUUAAAAAUAUUGACAAGAUGCUAAAUUCGGGAGAUGGAGUCGGAGUUGUCCGUACUCGCACUGAUAGCGCCCGAUCGCUGAAGCCAAGCAACUGUCAGUCUCCAAAGUGGAUGACCGCUCGCCGAGCUCAUGCCAACCAUUACUUGGUGCCGGAACUUAGAUGCGACUCUCCCAUGCCUGCCAUGGAACUCUUUGAUAUGAAUAAUCAGAAGAAGGAAAUCAACGUAAAGGAAGGAAUCAAGCAGCAGGGAAACGAGCGGAUGGAAAAAGAUCAGAAAGAUAUGGAGGCAUUGCAAAAAUUCGCCUUUACCGAAAUUUGGGUAGAGAGGCAGCAAAACAAUCCGGAGGAUAAACGCUCCGUCCGUGGCAAGUUUACUGCAGAUUUGGAGAAAUAUUUCCUUAAAGAGAAUACCAAACAAUUUAAGAGUUUAACGCUUGAGGAGCAAAAGAAGGGUGAAAUUAACAAGAAACUUUUUUUGGAUCCGACCCAAUCGAGCACCGCUCGCUCAACAAGCUUUCACACUGUUCAGGAGCCGUAUGUCUCGCCCUUUGAAGAUCUGCCAGUCGUGCCAGGAGAAAAAAAGUUGCAAGGAGAGAAAAGCUAUAUCACAGUGCCGGCUGGCUACGAUUUGACCAACUUGGUCAAGUAUAAUAAUCCAAAUCACUGGCAUCGUCGUCCCACAACUCGCAACGAUAGCAACCCUUAAAUUAAAGAUCAUGAUGCACGCAGGAAGUUGCAUAUUAGAUUGUAAGACUCGCUGAGAUUUAUACAUAUGUAUGUAUAUUAGCCAUUGAGCUGAUCUCUUUUCAAAUGAAUAAAUUUCUUAUCUUUGACAACCCCACAACAA